AUGCAACCGGAGGAAUACAUAGAUGUCUCAGAUUGGUUUUUGUUAGAUCAGUGUUUGCCGACUAACUCACAAAACGGAUUGCAAGCAGGCCCACAGUCUCGACAAGACCAAUCAUCGCUCAGUCCUUUACAAUUACCCACUGAUAUGUUUACCUCUGGUGGUCUGCCAACGUAUUCUAUUUCGCAAUUGACAAGCGAACAACAAAUGCUGACAUAUAUAGGCGAUUCGAUUCUGUCUGAAUAUGAGCAAUUUGAUCUGACAGGUUCGAUUCAACAACCGAAUGGCGCUCCGUACCCGCAGCAAAACCUGUUUAUGCAUCAGCAGCAACAUCAACAACAGUGGUUGUCGCAGUAUCAGUAUUCGGGGCAACAUGAAGGACAGAAACCAAACGAGGUCAUUAUGCCGAUGCACGAACUGAGCCGACAAAACUCAAUUCAAGACAUGCUUGGAGUUUUUCCGAUCGAGCCAUCAGAUUAUGCCCAAUCACAGGUCUAUCCAACGGAGAUUAUUCCACGUCUGCCUCCGUCUCAACAACAAAGCAACGUUGAUCAAUUGGGAAACGGAUGGAAACUGAUGAGCAACCUUCGCAAUCUCAAAUAA